AUGGAUCAAGGAAGAAGUAUAAAGGAUCUCUAUUUAGGUAUGUAAUUACCUCAAAUAUUUACUGUACCAGCAUAACACAAAGUUAUUAUAAAUUUAUCUUUUACCAUAAAGGAGACUUUCUUUCCUGACUGUAUGUUAAGUUCAUGGACUAGCAGCUCUAUGGAUGGUUAAUGAAAAUUGCACAGUUAAUACUUUUAUGUACACUUCAUCAUUAAGGAGAAAUCUCAUCUUCUGCAAAGCAUCAUGGGUAUGUUGUAUAAUUUUGUACUCUUAGGGACAAUAACAACUUUAUAAUUGAACUGACAAGUAUCAAAUGAUAUCAAUUUUAAAAAGCAAAAUUAAUUGGUUGUACUAUACAUGUAAAAGCAACACUUAACAAUAGCAGUUUAAAAACUUCUAUAUUUUUCCUAAGGAUAUAACUACAGUGUACAUGUAUUUGUCAGAUCCAGAUAAAUUAAUUUUCUUUGGUUGUAUUAAUUACUUUCAUUACAUAGGGAUGUAUGAAGUCCUUGCCACUGAACCAUUGCAUGAUGUGAGGGAAAACAUCUCAAACAUUAUCACUGAAAUUUCUGCACACCUCUUAGAUGUUAUGUAAAAGUUGUGUGAGGAGACAGUGACACUGGUUCAGAUUAUCGUGAGAUCUGUACUGUGCUUGCAAAACAGUAGAGAGGUGAACAUUGUUUGACUAUUAAAGUUAUGUAGAGGUCCUAAUUAACUUUAUACUUUAAAUGUACAAUUUGCCUUAUCAAUAAUAAUUUUAUUAUUAUCCCCCCUCCCAACACACACCCCUGGUAGGUCACACCAGCUUGGACUAAAAUUGGCAGAGGAUUAGGACAAUGUUAUAAAUAAUUCUUUAAAAAUUUAGCAUUUUUCACAUUACAUUGGCAUCUUAUAGAUAGUUACUUUUCAAAAGUAACCAGCUGUUGUGAUCAAACAAACAUUUUACUUAAUUACUGCUGUUAUGCUAAGUUAAUUUUAUCAUCAAAUUGGACAGUAACAUAAUUAUUGAUACAUGUUGUUCUCCUCACUUACAGAAAGUUUUUCUUUAUUUCCAUCAAAAUGAUUUUUUAUCAAUUAAGUGUUUGUAUAAUUACAUUUUAUUAUUUUCCCUUUCAUAGGUUUUGUCAGUGAGAAGGUGCAGGUCUUGUUGGAAAUCAUGCAAAUUUUGUAUGCCAUGGUACAAGAGAGAUGCCACAAAAAUGUAUUAAGCCUUCACAAUCAAACCUUUCUUCAUGCUAUUGUAUGUGUGGAGGUUAUUGGAAAGCCUAUAAUAGUAACAGAGAAAAAUUAUAUGGUCAUUACCUGCACUCACUGGUGUGCCACACACCUAUCCAACAUUGCAUCAUCUCUCCAGGUCAAUCAACACAGAACAACAAGAGCGCCAUUUCAACACUUUUGAGAGUAUUUCUUGGUAACAUCAAGCAGAUGGCCUAGAGAGAUCACCACCCCUGGCCUGACCGGGAUGCAAGCAGAAAUGAAACAAGGUGAAAUCAACCGACAAAGUGCCACUCAAGAGCAGAAGUCAUGACUGGGAAAACUAUUAAAGUGCUUAGCCAAAGGCAGAAAAUAGUAUCAUCCCACACAGAAUUAUCCUCAAAUACUAGAGUGCUUAUCAAGCACAACUGGAGCGCAUUUCUGAUUUCCUUUUGUGUGGAGAAGGAAUUUGGUGGAGGCAUGUUAAUAAUAAUAAUAAUAAUAAUAAUAAUAAUAAUAAUAAUAAUAAUAAUAAUAAUAAUAACGAAUUUUUAUACAGGAUUGAAACCCAUCAGUGUGUAACACUGUUGUCCUUGGGGUCCUGUCAAAAAUAAUAAAUAAAUAAAUAAAAUAAAAUUUAACAAGAUAUAAUCAUUGAUCUUAAGGUCUAGAAAAGCAUACAAUAAAAUUAAAAAUUAAAUAAAAAUACUCUGAAAAGGAUACCUAUAACCACGUUUAGAUAGAAUUUAACUAAAAUAAUCUCGAAAUUUGAUAAAGGUGUUGUUAAAGGUGUUGAAUUCUUUGAUGUCACUUCCCCCUGUGAAACUGAAACAGAAGUUCACACCCUUCCACCUUUACACCACUUUUGCUCCCACAUGCCGAAGUAGGAAAAUAAAUACCUUCAAGACAACUGGAAGAAGUGUGUGUCAUCGGCUCAUAUUCAAAUACAUCACCAUGCAAUCUGAAUAUUUGAUGAAAGGGGCGAGCUUGACCAAAUCAUUCACACUGGCUUCCUGCAUGACGAUGAGGAUGAUGAUGAAACAGAGACUGGUAGAAAUGAAGAAUUAA